CACCUCCGCGCGUCAGCGGCGGGCGGGGAGCACCGGGGAGCCACCGAGCGGCCGGGCGCUGAUUGGCCGGCGCGCGUCACGUGGCGCUGGAGGGGCCGUGACGCCCGCCGCGGCGGAGGGGCUCGGCUUGUCAGAACUCCCGGAAAGUGAAAGUAUAUUCCUGAAAGUGAAAAUCAGAAGAAGUAGCUGCUGAGUUAUAGAGAAGUAAUACUAAGGAUCGUUUGUUGGGGAUACUUUUUAAGAUGUGGUGAAGAGCCUAUAUUUUCACCCGUGCGGUAUAUAGUGCCUUAAAAAUGGGGUUUGGAAGUGACCUGAAGUACUCUCAUGAUGCUUUAUUAAAACUGCAAGACUGGGAACUACGACUGCUGGAAACGGUGAAGAAAUUUAUGGUCAUGCGUGUAAAAAGCGAUAAAGAGUAUGCCUCCACUUUACAGAAUCUCUGUAAUCAAGUAGAUAAAGAAAGCACUUGCCAAUUGGAUUAUAUCAGCAACGUGUCCAAGUCUUGGUUGCUUGUCGUACAACAAACAGAACAGCUGAGCAAAAUAAUGAAGACACAUGCAGAGGAUCUUAAUUCUGGGCCUUUGCAUAGGCUUACAAUGAUGAUCAAAGAUAAGCAGCAAGUGAAGAAGAGUUACCUAGGUGUCCAUCAACAAAUUGAAGCAGAGAUGUACAAGGUCACAAAGACAGAACUAGAGAAACUAAAAUCUAGCUAUAGACAACUAAUAAAAGAAGUAAAUUCUGCCAAAGAAAAGUAUAAAGAAGCUGUGGCUAAAGGAAAGGAGACUGAGAAAGCCAAAGAUCGGUGUGAUAAAGCCACUAUGAAGCUUCAUAUGUUGCAUAAUCAGUAUGUGUUGGCACUGAAAGGAGCACAGUUACACCAGCACCAAUAUUAUGACACUACGCUUCCUCUGUUACUUGAUUCUCUACAGAAAAUGCAAGAAGAAAUGAUUAAAGCCCUAAAAGGAAUCUUGGAUGAGUAUAGCCAGAUCACCAGUCUCGUUACGGAAGAGAUUGUGAACGUCCAUAAAGAGAUCCAGACCUCGGUUGAACAGAUAGACCCCAAUUCUGAGUAUAAUGACUUCGUAGAUACUCACAGGUCAUCAGAAGUUGUUGAACAAGAAAUAGAGUUUGAUACAUCUUUAUUAGAAGAAAAUGAAAACCUUCAAGCUAAUGAGAUCAUGUGGAAUAAUCUAACAGCAGAAAGUUUACAAGUCACGUUAAAAACAGUAAUAGAAGAACUGAUGCAAACACAGCAAACGCUUCUGAGCAAAGAGGAACUUGUGUUGGAACUAGAGAAAAAAAUAGAAGAGUCCUCUAAGACUUGUGAAAAGAAGUCAGAUAUUGUUCUUUUGUUGAGCCAAAAGCAAGCACUGGAAGAACUUAAGCAAACAGUUCAGCAAUUAAGAUGCUCAGAGGCAAAAUUUGCAGCCCAGAAAGAACUACUGGAACAAAAGGUUCAGGAGAAUGAUGGGAAAGAACCACCACCUGUAGUGAAUUAUGAAGAAGAUGCCAGAUCAGUCACUUCUAUGGACAAGAAAGACAAAGUCUCAAGAUUUGACACUAUACGUCAUUCCAUAGCUGGAAUUAUAAGGUCUCCAAAAUCCAUGCUGGGCUCAUCAUCAUUCUUUGAUGUAAUAUCAACCACUGAGAAACCAUUGGCAGAGCAAGACUGGUAUCAUGGUGCAAUUCCAAGAAUAGAAGCCCAGGAGCUGUUAAAGCAGCAAGGAGACUUCUUGGUGCGAGAGAGCAACGGGAAACCUGGUGAAUAUGUCCUUUCUGUGUUUUCAGAUGGACAACGGAGACACUUUAUCAUACAAUAUGCUGAUAAUCAAUAUCGUUUUGAAGGAACUGGGUUUCCAACUAUUCCUCAACUCAUAGAACAUCAUUAUACAACAAAGCAAGUUAUUACAAAGAAAUCAGGUGUUGUUCUGCUGAAUCCUGUUGUUAAGGAUAAGAAAUGGGUUCUCAAUCAUGAAGAUGUCACACUGGGAGAAUUACUGGGCAAAGGUAAUUUUGGUGAGGUAUAUAAGGGAACGUUAAAGGAUAAAACUCCUGUUGCUGUAAAAACGUGUAAAGAAGAUCUUCCUCAGGAACUGAAAAUAAAAUUUCUGUCAGAAGCCAGAAUACUCAAACAGUAUGAUCAUCCUAAUAUUGUAAAACUUAUAGGAGUUUGCACACAACGACAACCUAUUUAUAUUGUUAUGGAACUUGUUCCAGGAGGUGAUUUCCUGUCCUUUUUAAGAAAAAAGAAGGAUGAACUGAAAACGAAACAGUUAGUGAAAUUUUCAUUAGAUGCUGCUUCUGGUAUGGCAUAUCUCGAAUCUAAAAACUGCAUACACAGAGACCUGGCUGCAAGGAACUGCUUGGUAGGUGAAAGCAACAUACUGAAAAUAAGCGAUUUUGGAAUGUCUCGUCAAGAAGAUGAUGGAGUGUAUUCAUCAUCAGGCUUAAAGCAGAUUCCUAUCAAGUGGACUGCCCCAGAAGCCCUCAACUAUGGGAGAUAUACAUCUGAGAGUGAUGUAUGGAGCUUUGGAAUCCUCCUCUGGGAGACCUUCAGUUUAGGAGUAUGCCCAUACCCUGGAAUGACCAAUCAACAAGCACGAGAACAAGUUGAGAAAGGUUACCGAAUGUCAGCUCCGCAAAAAUGUCCGGAAGAAAUAUAUAAAAUAAUGCAGAGGUGCUGGGACUACAAACCAGAAAACCGUCCAAAAUUCAGUGAGAUUCAGAAAGAGCUAUCUUCAAUCAAAAAGAAAGUGACAUAGUGAUAUACUGGUGCCAAACUCAAUGUGUGGGACUUUAUUUUCCAGUAUUUUCUCCCCUCAAACACUAUGCGUUUAUACAACAUUAUUUGCAAUAUUCUUCUAGGAUUACUUUGAAAUUAACUGUUUUUUUAAUAUACAUGUGUGCCAUCUUGAACGAUGUCUACACCUGCAUUAAGGACAUAUACUGCCAAAUGCUAUAUAUCCAGUCACAGUAAUAUUGUCAUUUAGGUUACAUGUAAAUAGGAAAGCACAUACUAUAGAUUUAAGGGACUGUGGCUUUUAUGUGUUUUACAGCAAGUAACUGCUAGUGACAUUUUUCACAGUUUUUCUACUUAACGCUGUGUUCUCACUCUGCUAUCCCUGUCCCAGAUGUCAACACCAGCGGCACUCUAACAUGGUGACUGUGUCAUGCAUGUUGGCCUUAAAACUGAAGACAGUUUUGACAAGUAUUUCAACUAGAAACUUUUAUAUUUUUCAAAUUCUUUCUGCAACUGAUAUUUUUAAAUGACAGUUUGUUUCAACAGUAAAGGUCAGUUAGGUUCUGGAUGUAAGUCUGCUUACUAAACAGUGAAAUCCAGAAUUUUCUUUUGUAGGAAAUUGUUACAUGUCCAUUUUCUACCAUGCUAUAAUACGUAUUUCUGACUUUUGAUGUGAUUUGCUUCUACUUCCUAUGAAGUCAUCAAAAUUCAGUAAUAUGUCUCUUUUACAAUUGCCUAUGUUUAUUUAAGAAACGACAACAACAAAAAAAUCAAGUCUUUACUACACGAAAGACUUAAGAAAUUUCUUAAGUUAAGAAAUACUGCAAAUCACCUGUCUUCCAAAGAACAUGUAAAAACAGUAGGCCAGCAGAAAGAAGUUUGCUAAUGAUAGCAGCAUGUAUUAGGUGACCAGUAAUAGCAUUGUUCUUAGAGAAGUUAAAGAAUGUGAAUUGCUAGAUUUGCUUUUGAUCCUGAUUUUUUUCAUUAAAUUGGUAAUAAUUCUCAGUAUGCAGCUAAACCUUAAGGCUUUGCUAAGCAAAAGUACAUUCCAUGCAUGGUGUACAAAGGAAAACACUAUGUCUGUAUAGCAUUAGGAGUCAUUCAUGAAAUCAAAAGAAGGAAGUAUAUUUUAAGCCUCUGGCAGGCUGAACAAAGAAGAGAAAUACUAACCUUCAAGAGAUUUCAAAAGAUGGGGAUAGGCAACUUGUAAAUGCCACCAGGAAUUAAAAAAUAUAUUUAAAAAAAUGUUUAAAAAAAUAAAAAAAAAAUAAAAAAAAUAAUAAAAAAAUGGUUCCUCAUUAUAAGACAGUAGAUGGGGGAAAGAGGAAAGGUACAGUUUAUUGCUCUGGCUUUGUGUCCUUUUUCUAGCUUGGAUUAUUUUCUAGGGCCCUAUGUAGAAAUAGGAACAAGUUACAGAACCCUGGUCUGAGUUCCAGAUUUAAGGUGCUUAAAAUUUCUUUAUGAAUUACCUAAAACAUCCAGAUCAAGAGAUGUCCAUUACUGCUAGUGCAAGUAAGAAACAGAGACUGAAAAUAACACAGCAUCUGGAAUGUUUAUUACCCCUAUACUUGACUGUUACCAUGGGAUUGAGAUGUAGUGAAGUCUGGCUACAUUACAUUGUUAUUUCUAUUAAGUUGACUUUUCUAUGGUCCACAGCAUUUUUGCUCUUUAAAGUGUAUUUGUGGUAGUACCGAGUGAUAAUUUUUAAGGGCUUUGCGUGACCAAAAUAUGUGUAGUCUGGAAGAGUUUGUUACAUUGGAGUUAGUGUCCAAAAAAAACAAAGAAUGAGCAUGCUGUAGCACCUCACCUGCAUUUGAGGUGGAACUGUCAGCAACCAAAUAUAAGGAAUGGGGAAUGCUUGGAUUUCUGAAGGGAUUUUUUUCUUGGAGCUAAGGAAGCAAAUAUAUACCCCUGAAGGUAUAGUACUUGAAAAACUUGAUGGCCUCAGUGUAAACCCCCUUGCCAGCAUACUGGACAUAUUUUCUUAGUGCUACAUUUCCAAGUAGCCCAAAGAUAUUUUCAAGAGCAGUGGGAAGCAUUCUUGUUAGUUUGUAUGCUUUCAAGUAUUACAUAAAGUUUGUGCCUUAAUUUGCUAGUAUGCUAAUGCAAAUGUAAGUGCACUAAGAUUUAAGAACUGCACCACAAAAGUACAGAAAAAUCCCUGUCCCAACCCCAUGAUUAAUUCAACUGCAGGACAUUAUGUAUGCAUCACUAAAGUCUGCAAGUAAGGAUAAUGGUGUCUUCUCUGUCAACAUUCAUUGCUUCUCUGGAGAGUUGAUAUUCUUCUUCUAUGAAGAGAAUUAUUUCUUCACUAUAUAACCUUGCCAGGAAAAAAAAAAAAGUAUUUUUUAAGUAAAAUACUUCUUUGUUUGUCUUAAAUUAACUAGUGACCAUCCUAACUAUCACAUGCAGAUAAGGAAUACAUUCAUAUUUUAUUCUGAAAGGGUUAACAUUAGUAAUUCAUAUCACACUGCCAUUUAAAUUUAAAGUCUGUAAAACAGGGGGUUUAUAUAGCAGCAAGAUGUAUUAUUACUGCUGAAGUAAGCAUCAGUUCAGUUAAAAAACAAUCGCUUUUUGGGAGAAUACCAGAAAGAGUUUAUAGGUAUAAAAUAAAUUUAAACACAUUAUGUGUUCUGGUUUUUGGUUUGUGUUUGUUUUGUUUUGUUUUGUUUUGUUUUUCCUUGUAAUUAAUUUAGCAGUGUUUGUGGCAGAAUUUGUUCCUCAUGUCUCGCUUAUAAUUUUUGCCAUUAUACACUUUAGGAAAUGAAAUCCAUAACUGUGGAAAAUUUUUUAAGUUUCUGCAAACUUCUUGCAGGGCAAUUUCCAAACUUUAAUAUUUAAGACAGACAUGGUAUUUAGGAACCACAGCUGCCAUAUGUGCUUGCUGUGAACUUUUGAUGACCGAAGUCUUGCAUUAUUCAGAGUUUUCCAAGGUACUGAUCAUUUGGUUUGUGUGCUUGGUUUGCUCUAGAGAGUGUACAAAAAAUGGGUUAGUCUCUUUUGGAAGCAUGGUAUUUCAAGUAGGUUCUUACACCUGCACUCAACCAGGCAGAGUCCAAGGGAGCUCUGAAUGGUGUGUGCUGCUUAGGAGGAAGGACUCCAAAUACUGCUAAGGGUCUGCUAUAGGAGAUGGAACUCAACAGGUUAUCUGUUAUUUUCAUCUUUUUUUUUUUUUUUUUUUCCCCUGAGGAAUUGCAUUCAUUGUUGUUUUUUUUUUUUGGUUGUUUUUUUUUUUUUAUUAUUAUUGUUCUGAAGACAUGCUUACUUUCAGUAGUUUUCAUCAGAAAUUGAGCCCAGAUGUAAGCUUCAGAGUUCAGUCAUCAGUGAAACCAUGAGGAUUCCUAAGCAUUUCAGUUCUAUGGGAAGUAAAAUAUUGAAAAGCAUCAUGUCUGAAAACAAACUUUACUCCAGCAGAGGUAUGACCUUUCAAAAUCAGCACUCCACCAAGACAUUCUCCUUGAAAUUUACAGCUUCUUUAGUUUCUAAUGAAAGCAAUGAAGUAAUUUUGCAUUUAACAUCUAAAGUUAUGUUGCAUUUUUUCUUCUCAACUUCAGCAAAGAUCUACCAUUUUAUUGAGUUACUUAAUAUUUUAACAUUGUUUUUGGAAAGCAUAUCACCAUAAGGCUAUCAGUAAGAAGUGCAGUUUGUAAAGUGAGUCUCAUCCUAUUUAUGUGAGUGAAAUAGAAGACUAGUUAAGGAAAUAAUAGGUUGUUUUUUAAUUCAUGUUUUUAAUCACCUGCUGUACUUACAUCCUAGGAGCACAUCAGUAAAGAUUCCUAUGAAGUUAUAUAUUUGUUAUCUGUUACAGCUAUUUUAACCAUUUUGUUAUGCCUUUUGCACCCAUUGCAAAGAUACUAACAACAACAAAAAGCAUACCAAAACAACAACAAGACCAAAAAAAAAAACAAAAAAAAACAAAAAACACCACUUCUGACGUUACACAGAGUAACCAAAGCUCAGAAACAUUUGAAAAUGCCUCCUUCCUCCCCAGCUUUUCCCAGAUGUGUGGCUGCAUGGAUAGUAACAACAGUGAUUAACUGGUAGGCCGGUUUCCAUUAUUCUUACUGUCAUGUCCUCUAAAUGGCAGUGCUGCUGAUGCACUUUCAACUGUGAGCUAUUUGAAGAGACGAGUUAGUGUGUGAAUAGUCAUCACAUUUGAUAUUUGAGAGCAGUAGUUCUGAAAAUGGCUGGUUGUCACAAGUAGUGAUAACUCAUUUUAAAGGUGGAAUAAAAAGAAAGAGGCUAAUUGGGAACAUCCACUUUUUUGUAACAGCUGUCCUGUUUGUAGGUGACAGAAGUGUUUGGUAUGCCUGCGCACUUGUAUUUGUAACAUUUUUAUGACUAAGCAUAAAGCAGUUUAAUAUUAAAAUAAGAGUUCACCAAUUAUUUUCUUUUUCCUAAAGCAAAAAGGGACGUGUGGUAUUUGUUGGAGGCAUUCUUGCUAGGCAGGUUAGAAUAAUGUGGAGGGAAGAAUGCAGGGAGGAAUACCUCUUCUACCAAACAAGAUACUUUCUGUCUUCUCAGAAUUAUCAGGAAUAAAAAAAUAAAUAAAUACAUAAAUAAAUAAUAAUUAGUAAUUAGAAAGUCCAAGGGAUGUCCAGUAUUCCUGAAGUUCCAAACAACCUAGUAAAUCUGAAACGUCAGCUCUAGUAAAAGAGUUCUCUUCUAUUUUCCUUCUGCAGAAAUUACUACAAAAAAAUUGAGUUCUUGAACAUUCAGCAGUAACUGUGUAAGGAAAAAUGCAUCAACCUCAAAACCUAUCCACUGUACAUAGAAAUAACAUCAGUAAGGAAUAUUAUUUAUAGUCUUAUACUAUAAUUCUCCCAGGAUAGUGUUCCCUCCUCAAAGGCUACAAAAUAAAAUUAAAAAAAAAAUAAAAAAUAAAAAGCUUAAAAAUCAGAAAGUUUCCAGUUGAAAACACAAGAAACCAGGGUCAAAUUCUGAAUGCUCGUUCUAGUACUGCCACUGAAAAAGAUAAUGCAUCUGUGAUUUCUAGCUCUGUCCAUUUUUCAGCCUUGCAUAUUUGUAGAUUAUUAACACCCAACUUCACUAGCAGACCCAGAAAGUAAAGACUGCUUCAGUGAAAAGCACAGCAAGUUAAGCUUAGCAGUUCCCACAUUUUCCCCACUAUUACCCAUACUUACAAAAAAAAAAGGGGGGGGGGGGAGAUAAACAGGGCUCGCAAAUACAGUUGACUGAGGUCACAAAGUAAAAACACAGAGGUGCCAUUACAUCCUUUUUUCAUCUGUCAUCGUAUUUACAAAGUUCAAUGCUUUGUAAAUAGAAUUUGCAAUAAUUGGCUUUGUGUUUAGACAUAAAGAUGAACUGUGAACCAAUGUAGUAUCAUAGGACUCACACUGCUGCUACCUGCAAGAAGGCUUGGAAAAAGUGUUCCUAACUUGCAACUGUUUGGAAUUGCCAUCUAGUUUAGAACUACAGCAGUUUGUACUACGUAAUCAAGUAUGUAACUGAAGUUUUGUAGUGCGUAAUCAAGAUCAAGUAUAAAGCCGAUGUUUUGUUAGUAGGGUAGGAGAGACAGCACAUGCUUCUCCAUGCUUCCCUUCAUAAAUUUAAGGCAAUUCUGCUUUUUAAAAGAAAACAAGCAAACAAACAAAAAAUAAACAGAUUGGUCAUAGAUUCCUUCUAUAUUACAGAUGUUGAAAAUAUUGGACACAAUUUUUCACCACUUAAAAAAAAAAAAAAAUAUAUAUAUAUAUAUAUAUACACAUUAUUAUUUUCAUAUAUAGUCAGCUCAGUCUUUCCCAAUAUACGAAGAAUUCUGUAAUUAUUAAAUCUAGUAAGAAUAUGAAACACUUUUCUUACUGGUAUGUAAACUAGCUCACUCCAAUCCUGUGCUUCAAUUAUUAAAGAAUCUUUCUGCCCUUCACAAAGGGGUGCAAGAGGUUAAUAAAUCUGUCUGAGCUCUGCUGUAAUAAUCUGGCCCUUUGCAACUCCAAACUGUUUCUUAAUUCUGAUGAUGCCAUGUAGCACACAUGGUGCCUUUGCACUUACUACAAGAAUGUUACUGUUGUAACAGAAAAGUUCAAAUAUAUCCCUGUUUUUGCUUGACUCAAAAAUAUUAUAUUGAUGUUGUACCUUGAUUCCCGUGGCAACGUGUUGAUAUGAAAAUUGAAGUAACUGUGAAGGUGAAGCACAUUGUUCAAAUCAUGUUUCUAAUCAAGUUACAGACCCUGGAUGUAUCAUGAAUUGUACGUAUCAUAAAAGACAUCAAAAAAGCAACAUUUCUGACUGCCUGGUUUGUGACACAGAGCAUCCUGCUCUUAUUGGGAAAAAUACGAGCCUAGUUGUGCUCCUGGAAAAAGGAUUGAUUUGGCUGUCAGACUAGACUCAAAACACUAUCUUUGAAAUUAGUAACAAUGAUUUAAUUCCAACUAAGCCUCACCAUAAACAAGCCUUUUAGUUACAAGAAAUUUCCAAAGAGUGUUAAUUUUCAUUAUUGUUAUCCAUUUUGGUUUGAGAAAUUUGACUUCUGUCUGUAACAUUUACUUGUACCGGUAAUUAUACCCCGCUACCAACAAAAGCUAAGGCUUGCAACUUCAGAAGAUAAGCACUGAUCUGUCAGUAAAGGUCUGUAGGGAGUUAGUUCUCUAGGUGUCUAAGUUGAUAUUUUAAUGCAUUUUAAAUAUCAGAAAAGUAAUUGUUUCAGCAAAAACCUGUUAUGCAGUUUCAACAGCAGUAUUCCUUCUACAAAAUAUUCCUGCAGUAGUAAUAUUUGUACUGGGCUUGAAUUCAACACGAAGGUAGAACUGUACCUUUCUUCUUCCUCUCACGUUUACCAGAAAGGGAACUGCUAAGUUAAAGCAGACGGUCCAGGUGCUUCUGGCAGCAUAGAUGCAGCCAGGAUGCUGCAGAGGCCUUGCAGACUGAAUGGCACCGUUUUAUGAUAUGCUUACACUCACUACAAGUCACUAACAAAUCCUCUGGAGACUGAAGUUUGCUGUAUGUCUGAGUGGGGCUGAUUCCUUACAUCGCCUGAAGUUGUAGUGCUUUCGGAGAAAUAGUGACAAAAGACUUUAUUUUCUUUGUCACUAUGCAGGCAAACAGGGAAGGAGAUAAACAAGGGGGAGUCUGCAUUAUUAACUUUCCUUCCACCUUCUGCUUGGUGGAAUUCAAACUCUUCAGUACCUACCACCUAGAGGCAUGCCUGAUCCUGCUGUUAGGUGUGUAACAAUUGCCUGUAACUGACAGCUUAACCUGUUUCAUUCCACCAAGGUCCUCACCUAAUUUUUUACUAAAGUGCUGAAAACAUGGACUAGGAAGAAAUAGACUCAUCACAUUGGACCCCAAAGUCAGGCAGACACCUAAACAGAAACUUUGAGGACUGAAACCCAAAAACAGACAACUGGCUGUACCUUCUACUAAAGGACUGUGUAAUUAUAUGCAUAUUCAAAACACUUCCAGAGAUGAAACUUGAACUAACAGUUGUAGGACUGCUGUUUUCCAGUUGCACGUGUUUCUUUUCCUUUGUACUAUUGUAGGCAGCUGGAGAUGGAGGAGAAGUGUUGGGGAAGGAGGGAAGGUUGGUUCGCUGAACCACUAGCACACACAAAAUACUCUUGACACCACUAAUCCCGAGUGGGGCACAGUUGGCAUACAUAUUUAGAUUUCUUUUCAAGUUCGUGCCAAAGUAUGCACCAGCAAGUUUAAUAUCAGGUAAAGCACCUUUUAUACUCUUUGUUGUUUAAAAAUAAUAUAUUUGUGAAACAGAUUGAUAAUACAUAACACUGGAAAUGGGUGCGUCUUCCCAAAAGUACACAUGUAAAAAUAAAAAAAUAAACAACCAACAUUGCGAAUUUAUCUGACUUUUAAGCAAGUCUGAAAAGGAUAACUAUGUAAUACAGUUGCCAGUUGUCUGUCCUUUAUAAUUUUAAAUAGAUCUGCAUUUUAACUUUAUUUAUUUGCCUUUUUUAUAUACUUUAAAGUUACACUUUUGAACUUAAGCUAACUUUUUAUUUUCCUAGGCUGAUACAAAACAGAAUUUCAGUAUUCUUGUAAACUGCAGACCAUUUUUGAAUAGUCCUCUGCAUUUUCUUAUGGACCAGUUACCACUAAUGAGUCUGCAGUCCUCCCUUUUUACUGUACUCUUCCAAUAAAUGUAAAAUAUUUGUAUCAA